GACAUUACAAAAGCGCGUCCCACUAAGUCCAUUGAAGAUUGCACAACGUUGCACGAUAUCGCAGCUGCUGGCGGCUAUAAAUGGCGUGAAAUAUUCUGCCGAACCGUCCGAACCACCCAACCGAGCGCUGUAGACGUCUAAAAAUACCCACCUCGUGGCGCAAGCCGAGUACAAGUCCCGAAGGGGAGUCGAACCUUUGCCCGUUCCAUCCACGUGGCGUGGCGCGGCAUCUAGAGUUUAGCGUCUCCAUCUUAAUUUUCCAGCCUCCUCCGAGCGUCUUGACGCGUUGAAGACGUCGGGAUGAAGUACUCUGGGCUGGCGCAGGAGUUCCACCAGUUGUUGCGGAACGUGGAGCGGAUCUCUGCGGGCCAGGCGGCGGUAGAAGACUGGGGGAGCGCGCCGCUACAGUUCGGGGUGGACAUCGUGCCUAAAGAUGGGCUGUACAGGCGGGGCCGAUUCACGUUUAAGUUCUCUCUACACGACCAGUACCCCCAGUACCCGCCCCGUGUCGUCUGCCUGACCAACAUCUACCACCCCAACAUCGACACUGUGGAUGAGUAUGAGGGAGAGAUAUGUUUGUCCAUGCUGGAUGAGUGGCAGCCAACCUUCACACUGGAGGAUGUGAUCAUCGGGCUGCUGUUCUUGCUGUACCACCCUAACCUUGAGGAGCCACUGUCGCCCUUCUUCGAGCCGUGCAUGAACUGGGAGGAGUUUGCGGAGAAGGUGCGGCUCUCCCUGCAGGGCGGGGUCGUGGAGGAUUACUACUUCCAGAGGAACCAGGUCGAGGAGGGAGACGUGCAUGAUGGGACAGGGCCCCGGGCCACCAAUCAGGAACCUGUUGCCAUGGUGAAGCCCAGGGUGACCAAUCAGGAACCUGUUGCCAUGGUGAAGCCCAGGGUGACCAAUCAGGAACCUGUUGCCAUGAUGAAGCCCAGGGUGACCAAUCAGGAGCCUGUUGCCAUGGUGAAGGGCAGAGAGCAGUGCGGCCAUCUUGAUGUCCUUAGAUAGCCACCGCCUGAAGGUCGUUGGAGGAAUGUCGUGAUCUGGAAAUAUUUGUUGUCUGUGUCGUCCUGUAAAUAAGAGAGGAAGAGUUAAUAUCCAGGAAUGAAUUGUAAAUCUUCAAUUUUUGGUCAUAAUCUUGCAAAGAUUUUUUGUUUUUCAUUUUCAUGGAUUCUGUGAGUGUAAUGUAAGAGUCAGUGAGUUAGGUUCAUGCUCAGAGCUACUGGAGACCUGACUACCUCAUGCCAAUGUUACCACCAUGCUUGUACACUAUGUGUAAUUCUGUCCAAGCUAGGCUGUGUGUACAUGUACUGUAGUCUGGUGGUGUGUGUUGUGUGGACCACGGAAGGUGCAAGCCUUGGGUUAGUCCAUGUUUGCUGCAGGGAGGGGAAAUGUGCAACUUCAUCAAAAGCAGGAAAAUUUGACAAAACUCCAUAAAUUUGUAUCCUGACUAAAUUACAACUAUCAGCCCUUCCACCAGUCAGACUGGCAUAUAUCACAGAACAGACUCUGAAACUGAAACUGAAACUCAGUUUGUGUUAGACUGAGGAAUUUGGAAUCCGUAAGGAAUUCUUAAGUCUACCAUAUAUGCAUAAUCACAGAAAUAAAAGCAUGACAUAGAAGAAAGAACAUGUAUGUCAUUGUUAGGAUAGUACAUCCACCCAACUGUACAGCAUUUCAUUGAAAUGUGUUGCAUCCAACAUAGCGCCCUGGUCAACUAUGUAAAACAGACAAGUACAGCAUGAAGUGUAUUGGGCCUUACAUAGCAAUUGUGGACACACUUAUGCCAGGUAGAUAGACAUCUCAUAACACAAAUGUAGUUACUUAAGUCGGUGCCAAUGCCUGAACAGGCUGAAGUUCUGUGCAAUGUUUGGCUGGUAGGCAAUGUGAGCAUGUGUAGAGUCAGUACAGGUAGAUGGCUGAGGAAACAGGUUUCAGUGUUACUAGUGUUAGGCAGGGGAAGCUAAGGGCUGUGGUUUGAUAUAGCAGCUCAAUAGUUCCAACACACAAGAAAGAAACCAUAAAUUUUUGGUCAAGCUCGUCGACCUUCUUCAGAUUCACUUUGCUGAUGUCCCAGAAGUUUGACCAAAAAUUCAUGGUGAGUUUCUUUCUUUUGUGUUGGAACAAAGUUUAAACUCUACAACUAUAGAUUAUACCAACACAGAGAAGCUUUCAUUCAAAUAGCAACUCAAUGUUGACAAGGGAAUUAUGAAGGCAGGAUGGUUGUGAUAAUGUACCACUGUUCCUGUGUGUAAUUCACUGCCCAUACUGUAAAUGUGUAAUAACUUGUUAGUUGUUAUCUGCAACUUACGAGGAACAAUUUAGACUUCACUCCAGCUUGUAAAAGACCGUUUGAAAGAUCUGUAACCUAAGUUAUCUUUAUCAGAACAGAACUCAGGUUUAGGUCAAGGUGGAACCUGUUCUAACAGAGGAACGUAACAUUGUGUAUCAUGUAUACUACCGUCUACCGGUAGUCACUCAUAGUUGCAUGUUGUUACGUACUUUGUCAUUUGUGGAAUUUGGGCCAAACUUGUGCAUAAUAUUGUUCCCCAUGUGUUAUGAGUAAGGACAAAUGUUCUAGAGUUGUACCUCCUAGGCCUACUGAAGCUGGUAUCUCUCUUGACUGUGACACGAUAGCAGUGGUGCUGCAUUUUAAAUUGACUUUGUUUGUUACCAUGGGUUUUGUAAUGGAAAUACAUUGUAUCAUGCAAAACGUAACACUAAAAGGACAACAAAACACCUACCUACCCAGUCCCUACAAAAUACAUAGAUCAUAAGAGAUUGUUUUACAAAUGAAAUUUGUUCAGCAAUCUGUCAAGUUGCAGAGACAAUGCCAAUGUGCCCACAGCUUCAGUGAGAUACCAGCUUUACAUGUUGCAAGGCAAGGGAGUAGGUGAGGUGGCAGCCAAAGGGAAAGUUCCCACUCCAAUUUCUGUGUUAAAACAACGGUCACACAUGUAAAAUUGACAAUUUCCCACUCAGUGCUUUACAAACCUGUGCCAUAAUAUAAUUGUCACCAUUAUAACUGAUAUCAGACACCGACAGACAGCUCGUGUAGAUUAUAGCAGACCACAGACAGCUCGUGUAAAUUAUAGCAGACCACAGACGGCUAUUGUGGACACAGAAUACAGCAGUCUACUGAUAGCCACUGUAGAAGAGCCACAGCUCAGCAGACUACAGACUGUUACACUGACAUAUUUAUUUCCCCUGCACAUGGGAAGCCUGGCAGUGGCUUCACUGGAAAUAAAAGGACUGAGAAUCUCGUA